AUGCCCACGAUGCAGCGCGUGCGAGGAUCUUCCUCGUCACGGGUCACCGCAGUCAUCAAGCCUCAGCAGCUGGACCGACGACACCCGAAAACCUGCAAAAAAAAACCUAUAAAUAUGUACAGAGCUAGCACUGAGGAUGCCACCAUGAUAGCAACAGGCAAAGGGGCCACCUACAAAGCUUUGCUCGAUUAUUACAGUAACGCCCGCAGUGCGGCCAGUCAUAUUGUUUCGUUGACGCUAUCCUCGCUCAACGAGUCUCUGACCCCGGGAUUAGCUGGCUCCAAGUUUCGGAAUGACAACAACAACAACAACGCAAACACCACCUCCGAGCUUGACGAUGAUGCACUUGAUGCUACAAACUUUUAUGUGAUCACUGAAAGCAGAAAAGCAGAUCUGAGCAUUGGAGUUAGCAGCAACAGCGGUUCCGGCAGUGGCAGCUCUGCCACCGAUAUGCCUGUUUGGUUGAUACCCAGUUACAGUGGAAUCCUGCUGUUCGCAGUGCUAGGCAAUCUCUUGGUAAUUUCAACGCUGAUGCAGAAUCGUCGUAUGCGCACAAUUACCAACCUGUUCCUCCUCAACUUGGCCAUAUCGGAUAUAUUGCUGGGUGUGCUCUGCAUGCCCGUAACCCUCGUCGGAACGCUCCUGCGCAAUUUCAUUUUUGGCGAGUUCCUCUGCAAGCUCAUACAGUUCUCACAAGGCUAUUCGCUAUCAUAG